GAGAGCAGUGCAUAUAACAGGAGUGUGCUGUGUGUGAGAUAAGGGGAAAAUUCAGCUCACUGACUAGAUGUUUUAACGUGCGAACUCUAGGGAAAUAACAUAUUGACUAUACUGUUGUGCGCAAGAAAAUUGAAGAACCCUUUGCAGACAGAGGGCUUGCAAAGGAUUCUUUCUGUUUCUCUUAAACCAAAAUCUGUGGCAAGAUGUUUGAAAUCAGCAGGACGCUUAAUGCUGCUUUGUUAAAUAAUGAGAUAAUUAGCACCAUGGAGCCUCAGGUGUCGAAUGGCCCUACAUCGAAUACGACCAAUGGACCCUCCAGCAACAGUAGAAACUGUCCUUCCCCCAUGCAGACAGGGGCUGCCACAGAUGACAGCAAAACGAACCUCAUAGUCAACUAUUUACCCCAGAAUAUGACACAGGAGGAAUUCAGGAGUCUCUUUGGGAGCAUUGGUGAAAUAGAAUCCUGCAAACUUGUGAGAGACAAAAUUACAGGGCAGAGUUUAGGGUAUGGAUUUGUUAACUAUAUUGAUCCAAAGGAUGCAGAGAAAGCCAUUAACACUUUAAAUGGACUCAGACUCCAGACCAAAACCAUAAAGGUGUCAUACGCCCGUCCAAGUUCAGCAUCAAUCAGAGAUGCUAACUUGUAUGUUAGCGGCCUUCCAAAAACGAUGACCCAGAAAGAACUAGAACAGUUAUUUUCACAAUAUGGGCGCAUCAUCACUUCACGAAUUCUAGUUGAUCAAGUCACAGGUGUCUCUCGAGGUGUGGGAUUUAUCCGUUUCGAUAAGAGAAUAGAAGCAGAAGAAGCCAUAAAGGGACUAAAUGGCCAGAAACCUAGUGGUGCUACAGAACCAAUUACUGUGAAGUUUGCCAAUAACCCCAGCCAGAAGACAAGCCAGGCACUCCUUUCGCAGCUGUACCAGUCUCCCAACAGACGCUACCCUGGACCACUACACCACCAGGCUCAGAGAUUCAGGCUGGACAAUUUGCUUAAUAUGGCCUAUGGCGUAAAGAGGUUUUCCCCGAUCACAAUUGAUGGGAUGACGAGCCUUGUUGGAAUGAAUAUUCCUGGCCACACUGGGACUGGAUGGUGUAUCUUUGUCUACAAUUUGUCUCCCGACUCCGAUGAAAGUGUGCUGUGGCAGCUCUUUGGCCCCUUCGGAGCAGUGAAUAAUGUCAAGGUGAUCCGCGAUUUCAACACCAACAAGUGCAAGGGAUUUGGCUUCGUCACUAUGACCAACUAUGACGAAGCUGCCAUGGCAAUUGCCAGCCUUAAUGGAUACCGUUUAGGAGACAGAGUAUUGCAAGUUUCCUUUAAAACCAACAAAACCCACAAAUCCUGAAUUUCAUAUCCUUACUUACUAAAACAUAUAUAUAUAUAUAUAUAAAUAUAUAUACGAACAAACAAAAACUCUGCAAGGCUUAUAUUCAACCAUGGACUUUAUAAGCCAGUGUUGCCUAAGUAUUAAAACAUUGGAUAUCCUGUGAUGAACAGGAAAGGAUUUUAUAAUGCUUAGAAAAAAAA